AUGCGUUGCUUGUUUGAAGGAUGCGAAAAACACGAAUCCCUCCCAAGCAAAGGCCAAGGUGCGGUACGCUAUUUCCCUUUUCCGGUGACGGAUUACGCCUGCGAUCGGCUGAGACAACUGGCACAAAAGCGGUUGUUCUGGUGGUGUCGAAUAUGUGGCGUUGAUCAGACGCGAAUACUGCAUCCAUUGUCGGUUUGCUCCAAACACUUCCUCAAAGGUUUCUGCGCACCGCUAUGGGAUGUAUUCGAUCCCGAUUGGAUCCCGAGUUUAUACAUACCAGCAGGCGGCGCCGGUACGAAACGUUCCAUACCAUCGGCUAACAAGCUUAACGGGAACGAUUUCAUUGAAAACGAAAAAAUGACCGUCGAAAGGAUCACCAAUCCAUUUUGGAAAACGAGUCCCGAUGCCACUACCAUACGGAAUGAACUGAUCGAUGAGAUCAUUUCCUAUCCCAUAGGUCGAGUCUAUAGCAUGUUAGAUGAACAGAGUGAUCUGCACAGAAACUAUGGAGCCGCUUAUGAUGUUACUCAUCUUCCGGACGAACUGAGAAAUUGUCUUUCCCGCCACUCAUCCUUACCGGGUGCAGCUCCGGAACUGUUUUCCUGCAAUGCUAGGGCUGUAACACUUGUCAACCUGGCGAUGCAACCAGUCUGGGAAACUGAGCGGAUUAUCAUGAAAUUACAGCACAGCGUUCUUGAGCUCAUAAACCUGAUGAAUGAAUGAUGUUCAAUCACUUUUUGU